AUGUCUCGUCGUAUUUUUGUAUUGCAGGCGUCAUAUUCAAAUAAUUGGCUCAUUCGAGGCUAUUCUACUUACAAGCAAUCCAAAAGCAUCAUCUCCAAUAACAACAUACCCAAUAUGUCUGCUAAUUGUGCAGGCUAUAGCAAUAGAAAUCAGAGUGAUAACAUAAUACAUAAUGGGAACAGAAAUGUUCAUUCUGUACAAAUACCUAUCGACAAGAAUAAACAUGAAAUGCAGGAUGCAGUUGCAGGGAUUGAUUUUUCUUCUUCAUUCAGUGAUGAUACUAGCAUGAAGGAAUUAGAAGAUGAAGAUUUAGAGGACGACGACAUGGAACUGUCGGUAGCGUUUUCUGACGACGAGGCGCUUUUACAAAUGCUUGAUUCUCGUACGUUGCAUGCACCACAGUUGAAGAAAUAUAAUAAUGAUGAUAAUGCUGAUGUAGUAUGCAACAAUUAUAAUAUCGAGAGAACUAUAUUGUCUCCGGAAAAUUCACGAAUAAAUAUUAUGGAUUGCUCUUCUCCCAAGCACAAGAGAGUCAAACCUGAACCAGUUAUUACAGUUCCUGUGGAACAUCCUAUAAAACACUCUAUACUGCCAAAAAGACUGACCUCUGAGAUAACAGAACCGUUUUCCAAUACUCCGAAUCAAUUACGAUCAUUCUCUACAUCUUCUAUUAGAUCGAAGAAAUUGGAAAACAUAUAUCCUACUAUUCAACUAGCAACCCAAAAGGCUUUUAACAUAGAAGAUGACUCGGAAAUUAAAAAAUCAAACACAAGAAAAUCAACUGACAUUAUCAAAAGUGUCAAACCAAUAGUACUAUCAGGUGAACAAGAGUAUGUUUUACAAUUGGCAACAGGUGGUCAAUCGCUCUUCUAUACUGGUUCAGCUGGUACUGGUAAAUCCGUAUUAUUGAGGUCGAUCAUCAAGUCGUUAAAACAGAAACAUGAAAAGGGACAUGUGGCAGUUACUGCAUCCACUGGAUUGGCUGCCUGCAAUAUUGGUGGUAUUACCUUACACAGUUUUGCAGGUGUCGGACUAGGUGAUGGGACUAUCAGUGCAUUAAUGAAAAAGAUAAGAAGGAAUAAAAAAGCUUAUAUUAGGUGGUGUCUGGUCAAAGUUCUAAUUAUCGAUGAAAUUUCAAUGAUAGACGGUGUGUUCUUAAACAAGUUAGAUUCUAUUUCUAAAACCUUAAGAAAGAACAACAAGCCGUUCGGCGGCAUACAAUUGAUCGUAUGUGGUGAUUUUUAUCAGCUACCACCAGUAAAUAAAGUAAAACCUACAAACCAAAUGAGUCUUAAUGGACAAAACAUUGUUGAGGAAUCAAUAUUUGCAUUUGAAAGUCAAGCAUGGAAAGAUACAAUUAAGUGUACAAUUAUUCUCAAGGAAGUUUUCCGACAAAAAGGUGAUCAAAGGUUUAUAGACAUGUUGAAUGAUAUGCGUAAUGGUAAGGUUAACAAUGAAACUAUUGCAGAGUUCAAAAGGCUAAGUCGUAAAUUGGAUAAUCCAGACGGUAUCGAACCAGCGGAAUUAUUUUCAACAAGGUACGAAGUUGAAAACGCAAACAAUACAAGACUUAAUUUAUUGAAAGGAGAAUCACAGAUUUUUAAAGCUAUAGAUUCAGGUUCAUUACCUACAGAUCAAAGACAAACCGUUUUAAAUAACUUCUUAGCACCUCAAAAGCUCUUCUUAAAAAAAAAUGCACAGGUGAUGUGUAUCAAGAAUUUUGAUGAAAGUUUAGUUAAUGGUUCAUUAGGACAGGUCGUGAAUUUUAUGGAUCGAGAUACAUACAUGCAUUAUAAUUUGAUGAAAGAAAACCCUGAAGCAACCAUCAGUGAAAUAGAACGUGAAUUUAAAAAGAACAAGGAGAAGAAGAAAAUUCUUGAUGAAUUAGAGUCCGAACAUAAACCUUUAUCUUUAAAUGAUUCCAUUUUCGAUUUUUUAGAAGAUAUAGAAAUAAUGGAGGGCCUGCAUGAUGUUGAAUUAGAUGUUCAUGAAUUAGCAUUCAGAACAAAUAAAGAAAGAAAAGUUGAUUUUAUUAAGGCCCUACAUCAAAAUUCUAGUAAGCUGAAAUAUCCUCUCGUAAGGUUCUUACUUCCUGAUGGCUAUAAUACCAGGGAAGUUUUAGUAGAACCUGAACAAUGGACGAUUGAAGAUGAGAAUGAAAAUGUUUUGGCCCGUCGGGUACAAUUGCCUUUAAUACUUGCAUGGUCUUUGUCAAUUCAUAAAUCUCAAGGUCAAACAUUACCAAAGGUGAAAGUGGAUUUGAAGAGAGUUUUUGAAAAAGGGCAAGCAUAUGUGGCCUUAUCAAGAGCUGUAUCGCGGAAUGGCUUACAGGUUUUGAACUUCAACAAGGAUAAGAUUAUGGCACAUCCUAAAGUUAACAAAUUCUAUGAAAGCUUGUCCUCAACAGAAGAACUCGCGUUGACCACGAACGAUUUUGCCAGACCACAUUUGUUGCAACCAAAAGAAGGAAGGCAUAAAGAACGAAUUAUGAUAUCAUGA